GCGGGGCAGGGGCGGGCGUGCCGGAAUGCGGGAAGCGCGCAUGCGUGUCUUCAUUCCUUUUCGGGAAGCCGGCGGAGUGAGAAGGGCGGUACGGAGGUUGCUCAGCCACUGGGUCCCCUGCAGAGGAGGCCAGAGCCCUUUGCUUGUGGGGACGGGAAAGCUAUGGCUACCUUCCGGCAGGAGAAUGUGGAAGUGCAUUACGACAUGGAAGAGGAGCUCGGAAGUGGCCAGUUUGCGAUUGUGCGGAAGUGCCGGGAGAAGGCCACGGGCCGGGAGUAUGCAGCCAAGUUCAUCAAGAAGCGGCGCCUGUCCUCCAGCCGGCGGGGGGUGAGCCGUGAAGAGAUUGAGCGGGAGGUGGACAUCCUGCGGGAGAUCCAGCACUCCAACAUCAUCACCCUCCACGACGUCUUUGAGGACAAGACCGACGUGGUCCUGAUCCUGGAGCUGGUCUCUGGUGGGGAACUCUUCGACUUUCUGGCUGAGAAGGAGUCCCUCAGUGAGGAGGAGGCCACCCAGUUUCUCAAGCAGAUCCUGGACGGCGUCUGCUACCUCCACUCCAAGCGGAUCGCCCACUUUGACCUCAAGCCGGAGAACAUCAUGCUGCUAGACAAGAACGUGCCCAGCCCUCGCAUCAAGCUGAUUGAUUUUGGUAUUGCGCACAAAAUCGAGGCCGGGACCGAGUUCAAGAACAUCUUUGGGACCCCGGAGUUUGUAGCUCCAGAAAUAGUCAACUAUGAACCUUUGGGCCUGGAAGCUGACAUGUGGAGCAUCGGCGUUAUCACGUACAUCCUCCUCAGUGGCGCGUCUCCUUUCCUGGGUGAAACAAAGCAGGAGACGCUGACCAACAUCUCAGCCGUGAACUAUGACUUCGACGAGGAAUACUUCAGCUCCACCAGCGAACUGGCCAAGGACUUCAUCCGACGCCUGCUGGUCAAGGACCCAAAGAAACGAAUGACAAUUGAGCAAAGCUUGGAGCACCCUUGGAUCAAGGCGAUCAAGCGUCGCAACGUGCGCAAUGAGGAGCCCAACGGCCGGCGUCCAGAGCAGCAGCGCCGGCGGCUGAAGACGACUCGGCUGAAGGAGUACACACUCAAGUCACAUUCCAGCAUGCCGCCCAACAACAGCUAUGUCAACUUCGAGCGAUUCUCCAAGGUGCUGGAGGAGGUGGCAGCAGCCGAAGAGGGCCUGCGGGCCUUGCAGCGCAGCCGGCGUGGCUUCCGGGAGGACCUGGAGGCGCUGCGUGCCAUUUAUGAGGACAAGGAGCUCUGGUACACGGAGGAGAGUGCGGCCGUGGGGCGCCACCUGCGUCAGAUCCGCCAGGAGGCCCAGAAGGCUGAGGCCCUCAAGCGUCAGGCCCAGGAGGAGGCCCGUGGGGCCACCUUGGCCGCCAACGGCCUCAAGCGACGCUACCGCAAGCUGGAGAACCGCUACGAGGCCCUGGCCAAGCAGGUGGCCUCUGAAGUGCGCUUUGUGGAGGAGCUGGUUCGUUCCCUCGAGGCUGAGAAGGCGCAAGGAGGAGGCGGCGGUGGAGGAGGAGGAGAAGGGGAAUGCGGACUCCGGUAGACCUCUAGUAGUUCUGAUGCAGGCACCCGCCAACUUUGGCCCUCCCUCGAGGUGUUUUGGACUCCAGCUCCCACAACGUGGGUAUGCAGAUGAUCCCUUGAUUGACUUAAAACACCUGGAGGGCCGAAGUUGGCCCAUGGCUGCUAUCACCAUUCUGUGGACGCAUUGGGGAAUGGCACCCCUUCAUGUUAUUGCCCUGUGGCCACAUUGGAACAUUACAGUUCGUGAUACUUGCUUCUCAAUCAAACCCAAUCAAGGCGGGCAAAUUUUCUAUUAUUAUUAGGAUGGUCAAUGUGCUAACAUUGAUGUUACUAUUAUGGUCAACGUUGAUAUAUUAUGAUGGCCAAUGUUGAUAUUAUUAUUGUUGACAAUAUGUUUAUGUUAUUAUGGCCAAUAGGCUAACCUUGAUAAUAAUAUUAUCAUGGCCCAUGUUAAUAUUCUUAUUGUUGCCAGUGUACCAACGUUGAUAUUAUUAAUAUUAUUCUUAUUAUGGCCAAUGGGCCAAUGUUGAUAUUAAUAUUAUUAUGGCCAAUGUUGAUUUUAUUAUUAUUGUGCCCAGUGUAUCAUUGUUGAUAUUAUUAUUAUUAUUAUUAUUAUUAUUAUUAUUAUUAUUAUUAUUAUUAUUAUUAUGGCCAAUGGGCCAACACUGAUAAUAUUAUUAUGACUAAUGUUGAUAUUAUUAUUAUUAUUAUUAUUAUUAUUUGAUACAUAGCAAGAUUAGUACACAGCAAACAAGAUAACCAUGCUGAGUUUUAUGUUUGAUCACGUGUCGGACACUUCCCAAGUGUCUAGGACUGUAUAAUGUAUCGGUGAAUAAUGCAUGCAGAUCCAAGUAGGGUAGCCUUUUGCAACUGACAGAUGGCAAUUUUGUCAGUUCCAGUUGUUUUUAAGUGCGGGCCAAGGUCUUUGGGCACUGCACCCAGUGUGCUGAUCAUCACUGGGACCACCUUUAUUAUUAUGGCCCAUGUAUCAACGUUCAUAUUAUUACUAUUAUUGCCAACAUUGAUAUUAUUAUUAUUAUCACCAAUGUUGUUAUUAAUAUUAUUUUUAUAUUUAUACCCCACUCUAUCUCUCCCAAAGGGGACUCAAAGCAGCUUGACAAAAAAGCAUUAGCAUACAAUUAGUGACUGAAGAGGACUUGGGUAUCCCAGGAAUGGCAGUGGGGGUGAUUUUUUUCUGAAUCGCCCACCCUACAUACCAUAGUCUGCUCUCCCCAGACUAUACGUGGUUCCUUCUGAGUCCAUGCACACAAUGUGAUGUUGACCAGUUUAGAACUUGACCCAAGAUCUGCUGGAGUUCUUGAAUUCUGUCAGAAUCUUUGGCAAGUAGUAAGUUUCAAUCCCUUGUGAACCCAGCUGAUAGUAAUUGGAGAGGCCAAACUCAAUAACAUGCCCCUCUUGAGUGAUGGCAAGGGUAGAAUAGGACCCACAGAAUACGUCCUGGAUGUGCCCCUUGGUCUUAGAGCCUCUCUGCUUGAUGGAGACGGUUUGUAGGAGCAACAUCAGCUUCAAUCCUCUUCUUCCCCCUCUGAUGGUGAAAACUCUGGGUACUCAGUCUAGUUGGCCAAUGUCUCUGCUACCACAGGUGUAAAGGUUGCCUGCCGUAGACACCAACCCCUAGUGAUAGCUUCCUGAGGCAAUUUUAACUAUAGAUAAAUAUUAAUAUUAUUAUUAUGGCCAAUGUGCUAACGUUGAUAUUAUUAAUAUUAUUACAAAGGCCAAUGUGCCUAUGUACACCCCUUGACACCUACGGUCCACCUCCCCAUAGGGCCUCCUUGCCUGUAUAUAAUAAUAAUUAUAAUAAUUAUAAUAAAUAAAGAAUAUUGAUGUUGUCUCUUUGAAUAUAAUAAUAAUAAUAAUAAUGUUGGCACAUUAUAAUAAGUCCAUUCUUUUCAUCAGUGUUAAGACAAGAGGAGAAAGGAAAAAAACGUGCAUUUCCCAGCAUGAGAAUGAGGAAUGAGAGAAAUAAGGGAUUCUCUCAGCUUAACUUGAUUCUGUCUGCUUCCUCACUGAGGACUGCAGACUUGAGCAGUGUGAAGUUGAAUUCCAACAUUAUUGUGUGUGGGAGGGGUGUCUCCGUCAUGGCAUCAUGGUUCAUGGGUCUAUCCCCUUGGGGUGAAUAACGGGAUAGAAAUAAAUAAAAUUACAUAAAAUUAUAAAUAAAUAUAUUAUUUCUUUUUAAUCACCUGUAAUGGCUUCUCCUGGGAACAGAUGCAGACCAAACUUCAGGAGAGAAUGCUACUGGAACAGAUUGGCCACACAGUCCGGAAAACUCAACAACCCAGAUAGGAACGCUCUUGCCGCAUUUGCAAAAAGAUUUUAUUUAAAGGAACUGCAUUACUCUAUAUACGAAAAUUAGAGCCUAGUGAUUUAAUGAUCUAUCUUAACUCACUGAAGCAAACAUCUCGCCUCCUCUCUUCAUGCUCACAGAAAAAAAAAGGAUUGGUGUGGACUAUAAACUUGUGCAGGGUAUAUAAUAUGAAUGGUAUUAAUAAUUGUAAACCAUAUUUUAAUGUCUAUAGUGCAUUAAAGAAAAGACUGGAGGGGGUGGGGUGGGGGAGAUAAUGUCAUUUCCUAUAUAUAUAUAUAUAUAUAUAUACAUGCCAUUGGUGAAACAUUUAUAACAAAAAAAUAAAAUAAAUGAUUUAAAAAAA